CGACAUGUCCGGCAUGGAGCUGGAGCAGAUCCAGGAAGCGUUCAUGAAGCGGACAAUGGGCUCCGUUUUCGGGUUCGUCAAGCUUCGACCGGGCGUCAAACGUACUCCGCUGAAGGAGUUUGUAUUGAAUCAGCCGGAGGCAUACGAGAUCAAGAUCGGAUUCGAAUCGAGGUUUACUGCUCCAAUUGGGUUCGAGGAAAAAUAUAAUAUAAAUACGGGAAACAGAGCAGUUCAUGUCCAAGACAGAGUUCUUCAGGGUAGUUUGUUUGCAGGGGACCUCUGAGAAUGAAACGUAUUCAUUUGU